GUGGUGCUACUGGUUACGCGCUCCGCAUCAUCUACGGGCACCUCGUGAACUUCUUCAUGCUGAUGCGGCCCGCCUUGGCGGUGCUCGACCUGGGCGACCACUUCAUCGCGGAGCACCGCGAGAGGUUCGCCAAGUUCCCUCCCGACCUCUUGGACGAGAUCCGUGUCGCCAACGGCCUGAUCUUCCUGGUGGAAGUGGACCUCGGGGCACCACGGGCCCCGGUCACCUACUGCAGCCACGCCAGCACCUACGGCUACGCGCUGCGCGACGCCUGCUUGUCGGACGACGAGCUGCUCGACACCUUCACUGUACGGGGGCGCCGGCGUUUCCUGGACGCAGAGCCUACCUUCUUGACUGGGGCGGCUGACGGUCCACCCGCCGCUAUCGCCGCCGAGGCCACAGCUACCCUCGCGGCGGGGUUUGUGGGCGACCCCGCUUUCGAUCUUGAUGAUGAGUAUCGCGGGGCCGCCUGUCACGCGCUCGAGCUUGACGGGAUGGUGACUCCCGUGGCCGACGCCGUGGUCGACCGCCAUCGCUGGGCUCUUAUCGUCCGAGGUGCCUGGAGGCACGCGGCCCCUAUCCACGUGAAGGAGGCGCGCACGCAGCUGCUCGGCCUGAUCAGGGCCUCGCGGAGCACCAGGAUGCAUGGCCACCGCGUGGGCAGCAUGGGCGACAGCAAGGCCGCCCUCCUCAGCUUCGAGAAAGGCUCUGCCAGCGGCCUGACCGCGCACGGUGCCCAGCGGCGCCUUGCUCGCGUGGCAGGCCUGCAUGCCCGCCGCGGCCGCCGCUGCCUGUCAGAGGUUGCGCCAGCGCCGCAGCCGCCACAAUCGUUUGAUAUCCCGGAGGUUACCGAAGAGGCAGCCUCAGAGACGGCGGAGGUCAUCGCCGCGCCUGCUCCGAGGGAGGCAGAGAGCAAAAAGCCCGUGUUCGCAGCCUCUCGUCCUCGUGCUUCCCGUCGCCCCAAAGCUUUCUGCGAGAUCUUCGCGGGCUGCGCCCGGCUCACCGCCGCCCUCAGGGACUUGGGCCUCUUUGUGACGGCCCCGGUGGACCUGGAGAACGGCUCGCACUUCGACUUCCUGGAUUACAGGGUCUUCAAUGUCCUGCCGUCUUGGAUCAGGUCUCGGAAGCUCUGGUGGGUGCACUUUGGGACUCCGUGCAUCGCGCGGAGCCGGGCUACUGGGGCGGCUCGCUCCCAACGCCGUCAAGGGCCCCAGCUAGCCCGUCGCACCUUAGAACUCAUGAGGCUCUGCAGGGACUUCAACGUGCACUGGUCUCUCGAGAACCCCGCGUCCUACAAGCUGUUCACACGGGCUCCCUUAGCGUCUUUUAUCUCCCCAGUUGAGUCUGCCAAGAUCCUGAUUCACUAUUGCCAGUACGGUUGCAUAUAUAAGAAGCCUACAUUCGUCAUGUCAGUCUCCGACGACUGGGAGGCUCACCUGGCGGCCGCUGUCGGGCGGCCCACCAGCGACCUCGUCAGGCCCCCCAAUGGGGUGCCCACUGGGCUCAGGCGCGAGCCAGUCGCAGGGGCCCGCCGACGGCGGAACUACGUCGAGCCCGCAGUCCUGGCGGCCAGGAGGCGCGCCCGCGCCGAGCAGCAGCCAAGACCCUACCUCCAGACGCGCCGAGUCAGGCCCAUCACAGCCAGCAGGUACCUCGAUUCCUACGCGAAGUUCAAGGUCUGGGCUCAACAGCAGGGCCGUCCUCUCACGACUCACGACCUCGUCGAUCGAGCAAUGGAGGACUACCUCGACGCGCUCCACUUCGGAGGCAAGGCGUUGGCCGAGGGCCGCUACGCGGUGCACGGGGCCAUCCACUGCCUGCGCUACCCGAGACGGACCCCCGCCGCGCUUCCGCGCAGCCGGGAUGCGCUCGCCGGCUGGAGCCAGGCCGGGCCAGAGCGGGUCCGCGACCCGCUGCCGUGGGAGGCCGCUGUCCUGAUCGCCGACCACAUGAUCCAGCAGGGGCCCCUCGGCGAAGCCGCCGCGGGGGCGCUCGUCCACAGCUUCGACGGGUGCCUCCGUCCGUCCAGCGCGCUGAGGAUCAGUGGCGCCGACGUGCACGUCGCCGCGGGCGGGGUGGCCAGGGGGCACCCUCGCGCGACAAUUACCAUCGCGCCGCUCCACGCCGACGACGGAGCCGAGCCCUGCCCGCGGCCCAAGAACAACGAGCACGACAUGACGCUGAUCUUCGGAGACCAGGCGAGCUUCAAGGCCGGUCGGAGCUUCGUGGCCGACCUCCUCGUGAAGCUGAAGGGCCAGCGCCAGCCGCAUCGGCCGCUCUUCCCGCUGACGCUGGCCCAGUACGAACGGUAUUUCAACGCCGCGGUCGCGGCCCUUCAGCUGCGCCGCCUGGAUGUGACUCCUCACUGCGCUCGCCGCGGCGGCCAUUCAGUAGACGCCGCGAGGGGCCUCCGCAGCAUCCCCGACAUUCAGAAGCGUGGGAUGUGUCGGGCCGCCUCCUCAGUCAGGCGCUACGAAAAGGCAGGCACUUUGAUGCGACAGCUUGAGAAG